GAGUUCUGGCAGUGUCACAUGUCUCCUCCUUCCCACAUCGUUCCCUCCCUUGAUCACUUGCAGCUCUCCUCGCAUCGUGGGUGCAGCGCAGCGUGGACUUGGAGAUGUUUCGGCAGCGUUACGCAGGAAGACACGACAAACGCGACAGCCUCAUUUGAGAAGGACGCAGACGCUUCGGGCUUUCAAGCUGAACUUCAAUGUCUUUCAACUUUUCCUUUGUAACGUUAAAGCAGUUAUUUUGCAGCCUCCUUUUUUUUUUCAUCUUCUCCUUUCGGCAAAUGAAACUCGGAAGUCUCCUUCGCGACGGCAGCAGUGGGUCUGAAUGCCCCCCCCUCCACCUCCUUCUUAUCUUUAGGUCACGGUGACUAUUGAGGAAUAGAAAAUAUGUAAAGAGCUUCAGGAGGAAAACAAACUAUACAGAGCAACAGUUUUUUUUUUGUGGAAAAGAUCCCCAAUAAAGAGAGGAUGAUCCCACCGGCCACCACGAUCCAGGACGAAAGAGGGAGCAAAGAGGAAGAUCAGGACCAGAAUGAAACCCCCGAAUCCCCUUCAGCGAACCCCAGCCAGCAGGAAACCAAGAAUACUGUGAGGCCUGCCCAUCACAAGCGCAAGCUGCAGAGACUCAAGCGCUCCUUGUCCUUCAAGACCAAGAGCGUCCGCAGCAAGAGCGCCGACAACUUCUUCCGAACGAGCGGCGACAACAACAAGGCGGAGCUGCUCUCAGACGUGAGCAGCAGCACGGGGCACCUGUGCAACAUCGGGAUGGCCCCGCCGCACAACCCCCACCACCCCAUCCCGCCGGUCCCCCCAGCCAUCCCCUCCGCGCCCCCACCCACAUCGCGCUCCCAGUCGCGCAACCCGCUGCAGGUCGACUCGGCGGGACACUGCUUCAUGGAGCACAUCUUCAAGAAGCCCACGUUCUGUGACGUGUGCAACCACAUGAUCGUAGGCACAACGGCCAAGCAUGUGGUGUUCCUGGCUGGAAACACGGCGAAGCACGGCCUCCGCUGCAAAGCCUGCAAGAUGAGCCUUCAUCACAAAUGUGAGAAUGGAGUGGGACAGCAGCGCUGCAUGGGCAAACUGCCAAAAGGCUUUCGACGCUACUACAGCUCUCCAUUACUGAUCCAGGAGCAGUAUGGCUGCAUCAAAGAAGUCAUGCCCAUCGCCUGUGGCAAUAAGGUGGACCCGGUGUAUGAGGCCUUGAGGUUCGGGACGUCGUUGGCACAGAAGGCCAAGAGGGCCAGUGGAUCUGACUCUCCGCACAGAAACUCGACCAGUGACCUGGACAACGUCCCAGAGGAAGUGGUGGCUCACAGCAGUAGGCAGGAGUUGUCGAGAAAGCACAGCGAUGACGUCUUCACAGUUAUUGAGAACGGGACAGAUUAUUACCUCCAGCCAGAGAGAAAACCUGACGAUGUGCUGUUGGAGCAGAGCCAACUGCCGAAGGACGUCCUCAAACUCAACACCUACGUGGCCUUGUUCAGCUUCAGUCCCCAAGACAGCCACGACCUGGACAUGAGAGCUGGAGACAGAAUCUUGGUGGCUGAUGACUCCAAUGAUGACUGGUGGAAGGGGGUAAUUGAGGACAGGAUCGGUUUCUUCCCAGCAGCCUUUGCUCAUCAGCUGCGGAUUGAGGACCAGGUGUUCAGGUGUAACAGGACGUACAUUGGCUGUAAAGAACAAGGCCAGAUCACCCUGAAGGAGGGACAGAUCUGUGUGAGCAGCGAGGGCGAACACAGUGGCUACAUCCGAGUGGCGAGUGGAAAGAAGAGAGGCUUCGUGCCCUGUGACGUUCUGGAAAUCCUCUGAGACAGACAGACAGAUGAAGUGUGAAAGAGAGAGAGCGAGGCGGGAGGUCAUCUGGAGGUCAGAGGAGGAGGGAGUUGAAUCUGCAAACAUGGCUUCAAGAAACCGGUGGGCACCUUCGCCCCUUCGUCAAUUUGGAGUUGGAUGUAAAAAAUAUGGCGAUUUUGUCAAUGAGAACUCCACUUUGUUGAAGGUCAGACUGCUCCUUCCUCUCUCCCUGUCGGCACAGGCACAGACUCACAUGAGAUUUCACUGGAUUUCAUUAAUUUUCACUGUUUAGUUUUAUUCCGCUACGAGCUGUUUAUUUCCUUUAAGGGGAACUGCCGUCUACCCGUUUAAGCCAAAGAAAAGGAAACAAGCACUUAGUACAGCGAUUAUUUUCAAGGCUUCAGCACAAACUAUGGCAUUCCUCUUAGAAAUAGUAACGUUUUUUUGUGCUUUUACAUUAUCUCCUGAGAAAAAGUUGAGCUUUUAAUGCAAAUCUCAUUCCAAUAGACUACAACAUUAUUGUUAUUAUUGUGGAUGACAAAAUCCUUUAACGUCAGAAGAUAUAUAUAUACGGUAUAUAUAUGUAUGUAUAUAUGUAUAUACAGUAUAUAUACCUUAUAAGAGAUACCACCUUAAUUCCACAGAUCUAUAUAUUUGAUUGAAUAACCAGGAAUCCUUUGUGUUUCAGUGGACACAAAGUUUAACAUGUUGCAUUCUGUCCAAUCUAUUAGAUUACAUUAAUUUUUUCUUUUGGGCUUGUCUUGGUAAUGUCUCUAGUUUUUUUUGUAUUUAAGUGCCAAAGAUUUUAAAGCUUCAUUAGAACUGUAACAGUGAACGAGAAGGAAGGAUUGCUCUGUUAACAGAUGAUGAGGGAUUUAAUACAGUGAAACAGGAAAGAAAAAUAAUACAUUUUAGUUUGCCUGUCAUCUUUAGACGCGAUCAAAUGGUUCCUGUGGUUUUCCUCUUUCUCAGCAGUGACGUUCUGAACAGCACUCUCUGGUCAAAUUGCAGAUAAGCGUGUUUAUGAAGAGUCGUUGCAUCAUUAUUGAUAUAGUAUAUAUUUUUGGCUGAAUGUCCAAGAACUCCACAUUGUACAUACUGUAAAUAUGAUAAGAUUAAAAUGUCUUCUUUAUCACAACA